CAUUUCCUUGUGUUUUUUCUUUUUCUUUUUUUAUGUUUCACGGUUUCACCAACUCUAUUCCUAUUCUCAGUGCUGAGGAGGACAUGCUUUUCCACUGAUCCCUCUGUCUCGCGCUCGUAAUAGGAAGAGGAGGAAUCACUGUAUUCUUGAAGUUAAGGAGGUGGACUGGGUUGGGUUGCUUACAUUUUCAGUUUUCCGGAUCUUACUGCGCGAUAAGAUGAGAGGAGGUCUAUGGCAGCUUGGGCAGUCCAUCACGCGCCGCCUCGCUCAGACUGAUAAGAAGGCUGUGGUACGCCGAUGUUUUGCCUCCGAAGCUGAGCUCAAGAAGACGGUCCUUUAUGACUUCCAUGUCGCCAAUGGCGGGAAGAUGGUUCCGUUUGCCGGAUGGAGCAUGCCGAUUCAAUACAAGGAUUCGAUCAUGGACUCAACUCUGAAUUGUAGGGAGAAUGGUAGCAUCUUUGAUGUCUCGCACAUGUGUGGCCUCAGCCUUAAGGGUAAGGACUGCGUUCCGUUUCUGGAGAAGCUUGUAAUUGCUGAUGUUGCUGGGUUGGCUCCUGGUUCUGGGACGCUUACUGUCUUUACGAACGAGAAAGGAGGGGCAAUUGAUGAUUCAGUCAUUACUAAGGUGAAGGAUGACCACAUAUACCUAGUUGUGAAUGCGGGUUGCAGGGAUAAGGACCUGGCACAUAUUGAGGAGCACAUGAAGGCGUUCAAGGCCAAGGGCGGGGAUGUCACAUGGCACAUCCACGAUGAGAGAUCUCUUCUAGCUCUCCAGGGUCCUCUUGCUGCACCAGUUCUACAACACUUGACAAAAGAUGACUUGAGUAAGAUAUACUUUGGGGAAUUCCGAACUUUGGAUAUCAAUGGGGUGCACUGCUUUCUUACUAGAACUGGGUAUACUGGUGAGGAUGGAUUUGAAAUUUCCGUUCCUUCAGAGCAUGCGGUAGAUCUUGCCAAGGCAAUCUUAGAGAAAUCCGAAGGGAAAGUAAGGUUGACAGGGCUGGGUGCACGUGACAGUCUCCGUCUUGAAGCAGGGCUUUGUUUAUAUGGUAAUGACAUGGAACAGCACAUAACCCCUGUAGAGGCUGGACUUACAUGGGCCAUAGGAAAGAGACGAAGAGCAGAAGGUGGAUUUUUGGGUGCUGAGACAAUCCUCAAACAACUCGAAGAGGGCCCAUCAAUCCGACGUGUUGGUUUUUUCUCUUCAGGCCCACCUCCGAGGAGCCACAGUGAGAUUGUGGACAGUGAAGGUAAGGCAAUUGGGGAGGUGACAAGUGGAGGAUUCAGUCCAUGCCUCAAGAAGAACAUUGCCAUGGGCUAUGUAAAGUCCGGGUCACACAAGGCAGGAACCAAGGUUAAGAUUGUAAUUCGUGGGAAAUCCUAUGAUGGUGUGAUCACGAAAAUGCCCUUUGUUUCCACAAAAUAUUACAAGCCAUCUUAGGUCGUUCUAAUGCCUACAUGAUAGUACUGGCCAUCCAAGUUCACUUAAAGUUGUGUUUCUGCUCCAACCACCAUCUUCUUCUUGCUCUUUUCUCUUUUUCCGGGCAAUCUUUGCCUAUUGACAUUGUUUCUGUUGAACUAAACGCUGUAAUUAGCACCGAGAUUAUGUCUUUAAUGCAAGAAUUCAAGGAAAAUUUAUGGACUA